AUGCAACCAGCACGACCCCCGCCCCGAGCGCCGGGCAGCUUCAGCCCUCUGCCGGGCUCGACAGCUUCCUCCUCCAGCGCACCGCCGCCGCAGCAACGUCCACGACCUCCCGCCCGCGCCGAUUCUUCGAGCAGCGAAGAGAACCUCGCUUUACACUUCGUCAAGCCCCGGAGCCACGCACCGAGCGCGCCCACCGCCCCCUCCUCCGCGACGCCGAUAUAUGCCCAAUUCACUUCCCAGGCCAACUCGAGCACCGCGAGCCUGCAGAACUUCUCGCGCCCGACCGCCCAGCGAUCCGGCACCACACCCGGAGGACCAGCAGGUCCCAUAGGAGGAGGAGGGGCAAGCGAAGGCAGAAACCAUGACCUGAGCGUCAACACCCACAUCGCAUCCGCCGCCGCCCGCACCGCGAGCCCCUUGACGAAAGGCCACUCGAGGAAACAUAGCCAGACGCCCGGCCUCUUCGACUCGACGCUCCCGUCCACGAGCACCUCGAAUCUCUCCCAGGUGGGCAUGUCACAGCCCGCCUCCGCCGCAUCGUCAUCUACACAUCAGCACCAGGUACAUCACCACCACCAGCAAUCGAGUCCGGCCCUCUCAGCCAGCCAGAUCGCGGCACAAGCUGCCGUACUGCAGCACCAGAGCAACCAACAGAACCAGCAACAACUACAACACGCUCGACAGCGGUCGCAGACCGUACCGAACCCCAACGGCAGCGACGCCGUCGACAACGUGAGGAGGGGAAGCGGCGCGAGGGGCCCACUCAGCCCGCCUAUGCUAAGCCUGACAGAGGCCAGCGCUCCACGAGAGAGUGGUUUUGGGAACCAAGGAUACCACAACGGCCUGCUGGGUACUUCGGCCGCGACGACAGCUGCGAACGCCGCCUUUCCACGGUCGGGGCAGACAUCACCGGGUCUAUCUCAGUCUCAGCAGCAGCAACAGCCUCAACAGCAGCAGCACAUCGCCCACCAACAAUCACAACACAGCCCAGUUCACUCUGUCCACCCUGUCCAUCCCCCGCCGCAACUCAUCCCCGAUCCGAAACCGGCGAAGCCAGAAAAGUCCAAGGUGAAGCUCUUCUCCCGCCCUGUCAAGAUCGGCACCAAGGGCGAUCCCAAGGACAAACCGCUCCCGAGCCCGAGCAAGAUCGGCAGCGCGCUCGCAUCAUUACAGCGCGGUAAUUUCAGCACCAGCAGUCUGAUCGAUACCAGCGGCCAGUCCAUCUAUAAUCUCAACAACUCGUCUUCGGCAACCAUCCGCGCCGUGCCCGAAACGCCCACCAUGGAAAAGCCAGAAGGGCGAGAAAAGGAAAAGAAGCAUCACUUUCUGUCGCGGCAGAAGCACAAGCUCAAGGACGAAUUCCACCUCCCGCUGUCGUCCGCAUCGAGCAACUCGAAACCCACAGACCCCAGUGCCCCGUCGAGUUUAUACAGUUUCAACUUACCCCCUAGUCCGGCCCCGACUGCAACGUCGUUUGGCAAGGGACGUCGGGACAAAAAGACUGAAAAGGAGAGCAGCGGCCUCGGCGUCGAAUCGAGUUCUCUUCCAUCAGAAUGGCCUGGGCCAAGCAGUCUGCCAAGCCUGACGCAUCAGUCGUCGUAUCUCUCCGAACCAAUUGAUGCAGGCAAGUACGGCCUCAACAGCAUGGCGCUCGAUGAUGCAUGGCCGUAUCUCAAGGCGAAGAUGCUCGUCAUCUUUGAAGGCGAAGAUUUGCGACAGCCCGUGGAAGACUUCAACAAAUUAGUGACACUGCACAUACAAUACUGCAUCCAGCGCAGAUCGCCGAAUAUUAUUCUAGAGGACCUGCGCGAACUUCUUGCGACCGGCUUUGCCUCAUUGGACCACACCCUCAGGCGCACUCAGGAAGACAAGGUCAUUCCGGCGCUGGUGGAGAUGUGGCUCAUCACCUACACGUCAAUUUUGCCAUACAUGCAGGCCGUCUUCCUUCCUUUGGAUCUCGAAUUCUCCGGCUGUGGCGUCCUCAUGAAUCCGGACCAGGCCCGCGACUUUUGGGGCGGCGUCAAGGCGGCUCCGAUGUCUACCGAUGCACCGCAUGUAAGACCGGCCUCGGCCGUCUUUGACGUUCGCCGCAUCGUUCUGACCGCGUACCGCGACAUUGUCAUCCUCCCCCGGUACGAAUCACUCAAGACAAUAUUCUCUCGCCUCUCACUCGAAUUCCUCCCGUCGUCAUUUGCCUCAAUGGCACUAGCUUCUCCCCUCCCGGAUCCUGCGCUCUCGUCCAGCCCCGCCGACACUAUGAGCAUGAUGCGCCCUGGGACCGCAAUGAGCCUUGACCCGUCUGUGGCAAGCUACAACUCCAACGCGACGACCCUGCUCGGCGAUGCAAGUUCCGGGGCUGGCGGGCGCAGUCGUGGUCUCAGCAAUGUCAGCUACGCCAGUGCUGGUAGCGAUGGGCAACUCCGGCCCUUUACCCGCGAGCAGAACGUCGAGGACUCGAAGCAGGUUACGGAGAUGGUGGGCCGCAUGCUGCAAUGCAUGAGCAUCCUCGCCAGCCUCGGGGAUGUCGCGGGAGACGGCAACGACGAGGGGAACAGGCGGAUGGAGGAGCUCUGCCGGCUGCUCAAGCUCAACUGGCUUGGCAGGGGGCGGACGGGUAGGAACCGCCGUGGUAUCGUCGGAGGCAGGCGGCGGGAUAUCCCCGAGUCUGUACGGGAAGGUUUGCGCGUGAUUUAG